GUCAGAACUCCAGUGAGAGCUGCAAUAUCGUGGCAGCGUUUAGCUUGGAUAGAGUAAAAUUCCGGGCUGCUGAUACAAUUUUGGCAACUCGAGAUGCGUUUGUGCGUCGGUUUUAUGUUGCUGUUGUGGAUUUGCUCUCUUUGUUACAACGGAGAAGGAGUCCCUGGAGAUUCAAUCCUGCGAAAGGCAAGAUGUUAUGCAAACUGCUUCACCCGGGUAAGUUUAUUCCAAAAUACUUCACGUCGAAGAAACCGCACUAAGUACUCUUAAAGUUUGAAAUGAGUUUUUUUUUUUCUAUUAAAACUCGACGGCUUUAAUUCGACUCUGUAUAAGUCAGAGUUAAUCGUACCUCAACUUCACAUUGUAGCUUUGACAAUACCUUGUCAUGCUUAUGCCUUUAAAACGUUCAAUGAUAAUUGAAUCAAAGAGACUAUCGACUAAUAUCAAAUAAUUUCUAGCGUCUUUAAAAAUUUCACGCAACAGAAACAAAACGAUUUUAACGAUCGAAAAUAUAAAAAAAUUGAUUGGCAGCUAACAAGGCAAAAUCAAAUCCAGUUCUUCUAUUUUAAAGGCAAGACGAUUGAGUUUCCGACCGGAAAAGACAAUAAAAUAAAGUAUGCAAACUUCGUGUGCUGCAAAACUUUAUGACCGUCGUUUAAUGAAUAGCGCUGAACCGAAAAAUCUGUUUUUCUGUACACGAUUUUUAUGAAUCAAAGCUUUAACCAUGGAACACUGGGGGCGAUUCUUUCGGUAAAAUAAAUGUUACAUUUGCAUUUUUUGCGGUGUAAUUAAAUCGAAUUUACCUUGAGGUGAGUCUAGACCACUGUCUUUGAAAUGAAUCAUUUCAGAAUUUUUUUUCGAGCGUAAGCCAUGGUUAAGUUAUAUUAUUAAUUGUUGGUCAAGUUUUGUUAUUUCGGGAAGGAAUCAACUAGAUUCUCCGUCUGAUAUCUGGUUUGCAUGAGUAAAGGCUACGAAUUGUCACCUGCAGGAGUCUUUGGUUUAAUUUUAUUUCUUAAAGAGUGAUUGCAAACGGUAAUUCAGAAUUGUAAUUGACGCAGUUCACCUGAGGCGUGCAUUUAAUUCUGCAAAAUCGAGAAACCGGAUAUACAGCAUAAUUGAUAAACUUGGCGAUUCUCACCGUUUAUCUUACCAUCAAGGAGAGAUUAAAUUGCGAACUCUAUUUUUUUGUUUGUUACUGUGCAAAGAAAACAUAAGCCCACGCUACCGUCGAAGCGCACAGGCCCAUAUCUCUGAUAUUUAGAACUGCUGUGAAAAUUCUUGUUUUUUGUAGAACAAUUUUGACACGUCCAAAGUAAUUACUUUCUCGAAGUGCAAAAUGACAAGUGUGUCUUUGUAGUUGACGAAUAUAUCCAUGUUUGACGAUAGCUGCCUUGAAUUUUACCGCUUAAGUUUACAUUAAGGUACAUUUGGUUUGCGGAAGACGUUAGUCUUCUGUUUUCUUAAAUACGCGGGUUGAAUUUACAAAUGGUUUCUUUCAUUUCAGUCAACAAAUGCUUGGCAAAAAUACUCACAUAGUCUUUGGUGUGUGUGCGAACUUUACUGAAAGUAGAUUUAACCUUAAGAGCGACAAAAUAAUUAAAUUAAAUCCAAUAAGGACGAUUUGAAUAAAACUAUGCUUACAGCAUUUGACAUGAUAACAAAAGGGACCCUCAGUGUAAUUCUAGCUUUUUACCUUCAUCUGUCGCUUCGUUUAAAUAAUUAACAACAGAAAACAAUCUAAAAAAAAAUUUCACUCGAAAAGAAAUUAUCAAUUUUAUUCUUUUACUGACAGAUGAGACCGAUAAAUAAAAAUUGCAAAUUUAAUUUGCGUUUUAUAAAAACAUUUUGACGAUAGUCUUCCUCAAAUAUUUAGAGGCAACAUAACAAAAAGUCGACAAAUAGGAGAGGUCGACGACCCGUGCUUAGUAGCCUUGGGAGAAAACUGAAAUUCUGCGUUAAGUUACAGCUGAGAAAGAGGUUGAAGCAGAGUUUUUAGUUUGUUUUUUUUUGGGAAAAAUUUAAGUAUUGUUUUGACAUGAUGUAGUUUAAUUAGUUUAUACGUCUUGGUAAGAAAUGAUUUCCUUAACAAUAAGGUCUCUAUAGCUACGAUCUCCUUUAGAAUUGUAACUAAACCUAUUUCUCUUUUCGUUCAACAAAAAUCUAUCAUUCACAUUCAGUGGAAUUUUCGAUUAUUUGCCUCUAGGAGAAUAGCACCCGAAAACCUAUCAUUUCCGGUUCAUGGCCAUGUUCGAGUGAUUUCUGCGCGUCAACAAAGGAUUUUCCGCUUCUAAUCUUUUCAAUCCCUUUAUAUCUUGUGUAUGGAGAAGCAAUGUUGAGCCAAGAUCUGCGUCGAAGGGCUCUUCGAUCAGAUGACGCAGUGGAAGCAAUAACCCGAUUAAAAUUUUGAGACUCUUGAAGAGCUUCGUCAACGCUUGUGCAUCCUGUAGAAUUUAGAGUGCACUUUCUAAGUGUUUCGGUAGUAACCUUUUAAUUUUGUCCACUUUUUGAAAUCCUCAUUUCUUCUUAUUUUGCUUCUUUCUUUCUCCUCGUAUUUAAAUUUUUAUGUAAAAUGGUUAACUUGGAAAAGUUUAAGCGACUAUCAUGAAAUCAGUAUAUCAGCCCCUCGGUAUUCCAGAUAUCGAAUGCAGGUCUUCAAGUUAGAUACAGAGUCUAUUUGAAUACAUUAAUUUUUUUUCUGAGGGUAGAAAUUGAAUGUAAACUGCAAGCCCUUAUAGAUUUCUGUAAGGACUCGAUUGAAACCAACUGUUAUGGUAAGAAUUUGUACCAAGGACCGACCAACUUCAGUUUGAGUUUUUUGAUUAAAAGCUUUUCGAAUGAUAAACAAUCAAACCUACUUUGAAUUUCUCAGAAUCUUAAAGAGCUUUUAUUAAGAUCGACUCUACCGUGCUCUAUGGUGAGAUGUUGGCCAAUUGCCGAAUUCUUGUGAAUCAGCAGUGCGUUCUUUACCACUUUUCAUGUGAACGGACUCAAUACGUGCAAAACGUUUUGUUUAGUUUUAAGUUAUUUACCUGUAUGGUUGUGAAAAGUUUUUAAUCAGUACCUAUUUGUUUUUUUAGUAUUUAUAGCCUUACAAUCUUGUCAUUUUUUGACUUAAUAAGGACGUAAUGUUGACGUCGAAACGUUAUUGGAAGUAUUUUAUCGCAAAUUUUUAUAGUUAAAUACUGCUAAUUCCAAUGAUAAUAAUAAUGAUAAUGAUAAUGAUAAUAAUAAUGAUAACAAUAAGAAACAUUAAUCGACCACUCCCCCAAUGGCCUGGGGGUUUUCAGGGCCAAUAUACUGUUAUAGGCGAGACUUUGGGGACUUCAAGUAAGUAAGACAUGACACACACAUGCCUGAAUGCUUAAAAAACAUUUUGACGAAAAACACUUAAAAUGUUUUUCUAAAUUCUACUAGAACGGGGUUAAGAACGAAUCAGAGACUUCUUGCCUGACACAGGCCUGUAAAGAGGUGAGUAUUCUUGUUCAUUUAAAACCCUGCGAUAGGCUAAAACCGUAUGUCCAAUACAUUAUUAAGUUUUCAAAACGGCGCGUUCGGAUAAAACGCACAAAGUAGUACAAAAUCUGAUAAAGGACACUUGGCAACACCUCGCCCGAGUCGGUCCGAAGGUGUUGUCACGUAACAAGGUUUGGUUACCGACCAAUUAUUUCAAGUAAAAGUGAGAUAAAAAAUGAUUUACAAAAAUCAGCCCAGGCUUGAAAAGCAGAUUCCCUUCGUCUCUUGCCGAAUGUUCAUUCUCGGUUGAUUUUCUGCUACCAGUAUAAUAUUUCAAUGUACCAGGGGCACGAAGAUCUUUCUGACUAUAUAGUUCAUUUUCAAAUCAAUGAUGAUUUUUUCUUCUAGUGUCUUGCACCUUGUAACGCGAAAAGGACAUUUCCAGACGAGAACUCAUGCAAAGCAAGCUGUGUAAGUAGCAUUCUCGUUUCCACAUCCAUUUAUAAAUGUUUGAGAUAUCUCUGAAUUUCUUGUUUGUUGAACACCGAAAUAAAACUGAUUGGCACCUCGACAAAAAUGAAAUUCACAACCGUUCAAUGGGAGCGAAGAGCGAAUUUUAGCCCUUCAAAGUGACUGGGUUAUGAUUCUUGUGUUAAGUUCUAAAGGGCUCUUGGACCGAGAGUGCCUGGUGCGAUUAUUGUUAUAUGCUAAUAGUAUCUCUUAUUACUUUUGGUCAUGAAUGGGUCCUUGCGAAGUUUCCGGGAAAAUGAGACGUAGAGGGAUGGUGAGUGGAGGAACCUUCACUAGACUAGCAACCCAUUUAGGAUGAUCGUUUAUACAGUAGUGUUUAAAGCCAUCGGUAUCUCAUUGCAGGAUUGUGCGUUGUGUAUUUGGAUUACAACGCUUUUCUGAAGCUUUAGUGCUUAUAACUGGAAAGAGUCGUAUUCCGUUAGCACCUCCCAGAAUUUUCUCCAUUUUCCGUGAGUUAGACUCUUUUCACUUUUGUGAUGAUACCAACAUAAACAAUCAUCAUGAAACUUAUAUAACUAAUGAUAGGGCUUUCUUACCCACUUUAGAAUGAGCACUAUGAACUUUUACCUCAACGGCCUAAUCUAAUAUUAAUAUUUUUAUUUCAGAACAACGCCAAUAGUUGUUUAGAUAGUUGUGAAUUCCUGACACGGCUGAAGAAUUUCCAGUCCUUAUCUAAUGGUGAUGGAUCCUUACUACCAGUUCCUGGGCCACUAAAUGUGACAAUUUUGAAUUUCACAUCACUCUCCUUACAGUGGUCACAUGUCCUAAACUCAAAUGGCACUCCUGUUUACUUAGUUGAAAUAACUUCUGAUGGUGAGGUAUCCAGAUUAGGUCCGUUCUAUCCGAACCAGGUAAUUUUAAUUUCUAUUUAAGGUCCGUACUGUAGGCUAAGGAGCGAAGCGCGCUGGCCAUAAAUCCGAGCGAAAAAAAGAUCCAUAACUUAAUGUGCGGACUGAGAGAACGAAGAUAGCAAUGUAGUUAUUAUAUGUCUUGGUUCAAAUAGCGGGGGGAGAUUUCAAUUGAAAAAAAAUUUGAACUAAGAGGGCAGUACUGUAAAAGACGGCCCACUAAAUUGACAAAUUUACCAACUCGACCAAUUUACCAAUCAUAGCACACGUUCUAACUGAGAGAUCUAUUAUGAUUUGAUAUUGGUACUUAAAGGAUUGUGGGAGUCUUAGUUCAACACAAAAUUAUGCCUUUCUUUUCUACUCAAUCUUGAACAAAAACUAAUUAAAAAGUUAAAAUGAUUUAUACUUUAAAUAUUCGCUGGGAAAUAUUCAAUAUGCUUUAAAAACAAGAACAAAACUGGACUGAACAAAUGGAUGAAAUAAAAUUAUUAGCGUAAAAGUCCCAUUCAAAUUUUCUUGUCGAUCUGCAUUUUGGGAAGAGUCCAUUACGUGAUGAGUUUCCUAACAAAAAAGUUAUAUCAUUGUCAUUAUUAGUAUCAUAACUGUUAUUAUCAAGUAGAGCGCUUUUCGACUGGGUGUCGUAAAAAAAUAAUAAUAAUAAUUUCAGCUGCCAAUCAUACGAAAGGAAAAUGCCUUAGUGCCAAUGAGAAUUCAGAGUAAGAACAAGCUAACCAAGCAAAACGCGGGAAAACGCGGGCGACCAAGUCGAGAUUGGUGUUAGUUUUGCAUCUGAUUGGUUGAUUGAGUGGCACGAGUUUUCUGGACCAAUCGCAGAGCAAAGUAAAGCAAAAACAAAGAAAUCCUGGAUUACUUUUGACACUCAAUUGAAAAUUACUUUAAUGAUCCUCAAUGCUAUCCUUGUUGAUAUUUUCUUCCACCGUGUUCAGCUGAGACUGUUCAUUUUCUGAUUCAUGAAAUUUAACGUUUCUUUUAUCUUUAAUUUCCUUCUUUCGCCAAACCUCCUUUUCGAGAAAUAAUAUUCUUUUUGUUUUUUAUUUUCAUUUUUAGGUCAUCGUCGAGUCAAAGGUGAUCUUCACCUUUAAUCACCCGUGUACCUUUACUCCAGAUAUAAACCAGCGCGCUGAGUUCAAAGAUAUUAAUUUCUCGUUUAGAGUUGCUGUUCUGACAGAAAACUCUUCUGUUAGCUACGGAAUCAAGUCAAAUAGCAUCGGUAAGUGAAAACAAAUGUUUAGGCCACUACGGGAACGAAACCCAUGUCGUGGGUUCAACUCCCAUUCAGGGAGAAUUUUCGUAAUAUCGCCCAUCUUUCCGCUGAAUCGUUUACACCGUUCAGUGGAUAACACAAAAUACAAGGUACUGCCAUUUUAAUUUUUAAAUGUUUUAAGUUCCGUCAUCUGCUAUUUGGUGUCCUUCUUCAUGUUUUCUAAAGCCUCUCAUUGACGUGGGCCGGAGUCUUAAAUCUUCAAAUCUGAUUUGGAAAUCAAGCGCUCGUAACCGAACUAGCUAGCUAACGACCAAGGUGCGGAUUUUUUCCACACCGUACGCAACGAAGCGGAACAGUAAACCGGCAGAAAGAUAAAAAUACGUUAUUAGUCAUAACCAUUAGCUGCUAAUGGUUAUGAUUAAUAAUAGUUAGCUGCUUUACUUUUUACUACUCAUUCUACAGAGUUGGACAGUGUAAUCGGACAGUUGACUGUAAUCGGACACCUGUAAUCGGAAAGUUGAAGUAACCAAUCAAACCAAGUCCACUCAGCCAAAUCCACCAAUCACAGAAUUAAUCACAAUAACCAUAGCAAGAACCACGUAUCCUAAAAAAAAUUAAGGAAUUUCCAAAAUGGAGAAAUUUUUUUCCUUCAGACAUUGUCUCUACCAGAGAUAUUUGACCUAAAUGUAUUUGUUGCUUUCGGAAACUGCAACGGUUAAGAUUAAUUGGUAACAAAAUUUGUUGUCGUCCAAUUCUGUCUGUAAUCACGAGUAUGAUUGCAGACCGAAUUGGAUUCCUCUCGGUCCUAUUACUAUUAUUUAUCGGUCUAGGUUGGUACGUAUCGAAAAAAAACUGUGCAGUAUGAUUGAUUAGUUUACUUUUCCAGAGAUUGUCUGAUACUCAAUCAAGUCGCGUUCCAUUUUGGAAAAGCUUUCACUCAGCUUUAUCAAAUGUCUUUCUUUAUUUGUACCAGCCUUCCCAAAGCCAGAUCCAGUAACAAACGUGACUCUGGAUAGCCUAGUGUACGAUGGUAACCAAGAUGGAAAUAAAUUACUGAUGACAUCUUCUUGGAAAGCACCUAAAGGUUAAACAUUUGAGGGAAUUCUCAUUUGAGUUCUCUGGGCUGAAAUAUGUUGUUUUUAAACAAUAAGAGAAAAAAACUGUCAUCGAUUUUUAAAGGCCCACAGUAACUUCCCCAUUUUCCACUCUUAAACAAAUUUAAAAAUAUGAAGUCAUUCCGGAAGCCCUUUGAUUAAAAAGUUCUCUUCUCAAUCUAAUCUUCUCUACCAUCGAUCGCCUCGUUAUUAGAACUGCAUUCCUUUUAUGUAAACAAAUCUCCCCUACUAGAGAAUCCAAGACGGGCGUACACUUCCGAAAAUACGAUUUUACGGCAUUUUUUAAGAUAAUAAAGGCCAAAACAGGGCUUGCUAACAGAAACGGUGUUUUCGAAUUUUCUAUUUAGGACAAGAAAAUAUUGUUUCAAACUAUGCCUUGCGUUGGAAACAGGAUUUUCAGUGCCAGGGCAGCAUCCUUUUUAGAAAUGGAGAAACCACAGGGGUAAGCUUAUGAAACAAUCAAGCAUCUUUAAAAUUACCGAGGAGUAUUCACAAAAAAAGAAAGAAAUACUCUUAACUUAACGACCGAACUUCACGACAGAAACUCAAGACAUUCAGGUAACAUCAAAAGAAGAUGAACUGCAUCACAAGCAUGGUCUCUCGUAAGAUACAUAUUCUUCUUGUUUACCCCUUAACUCCAAUGAGUGACCAAGACAGAAUUUCUCCUUACAAUAUCAACACAAUAUCAACCAGAUAAGUGAUGAGAAUAAAGCAAAAUAUCAAUUUGGGGAUAAUUAAUACUAAGUUCUCUGAACUAACAUUAUAAGAAUUGUAUUGUUGAAAGUAAGGAGAAUUACAAAUUUGAUCUGGGAGUUAAAGGGUUAACAAUCAACCCCCUCUCAUGUGGGAGCCGCGGUGGUCAAAUGGUUAGCGCGCUGGGCCUUGGUCAAGAGAUCUAGGUUCGAGACCUGGUUGGGUCAGUGUGCUGCUUUCUUGGGAAAAACAUUUUACUCUCACCAUGCCUGUCUUCACCCAGGAAUAUAAAAGGGUACUGGAGAAUUUUUAGGAAAGCCUGAUGAAAUGCUUUUUUUUGGGGGGGGGGGAGAGAGGAGGUGUCCUUGCAAUGGACUGGCAUCCUAUCUAGGGGGAAGUAUUGCUAACCCUAGUUACUUUAUUGCUACAGACACAGACUUUUCUACCUUCUAAUACAGUAACUUCCAAACUGAGAAGUCAUGUCGGUAGAACUAACAAUUUUUGACGUUAAAAAAUACUUACAGACUGUUGACUGACUUGAGAUAUAGAAUAUAUAAAUAACUACUUGAUUUUAACUGUAUUUUUUUCAAAUUUAAACCCAUAAUUUCUUGACUAGUGUUUCUUUUGCAGUAGUGAUAAAAUUGAUAUGCUAAUAAUAAUAAUGAUUAUAAGCUAUGGUAAUGACACUGUCUCCACAAUAAGGGCAGCUCUCGUCGCAGAACACCCGUAAUCUUUUAGGGACGUAUAAACGUCUUAAAAUGAGCCCUUUAAUAUCCAUUUUUCAUAGCCUCGGACACGAUACACUAUGUCCCUGUAUGCAAAAAUGAAGAAAUGUACCCACGAGCUCCAGGUAAGAUGGAAUACACUGUAACCUUCCAUCGAGACAAAGAUACUAAUUUUGUGAAAUUUCACGAUUCACAUUUCCUGAGAGCGACGAGUCUCAUUCGGAUCAGAAAAAUGAAAAUGAAAUGACGUGCGAUUUCUGUACAAGUAUUCACCUUUUUUGUCAAGCAUUUUACAGAUUGAUUUUAUAUCAUUCUUUUUAACAAUUAUUUUUAUAUUAAUAAAGUGAAAAACUAAAAUGUUAUUCUCAUCUUCUCUAUAAGAAGAUAGAGCUCGUUUCAUUGUACUCUUCGGCUGUUCUGAGUUUAAAAAUCUUCAUCCUUAAGUUUUAACUUUUAUCAAUGUCCUCGUUUUUGAAGGUCUUUACCAUAAUUGGCUGCAGUGUGAGCGUUCCAGCAAUUUUAAGAUACACUUACCCAGGUAAAGUAAUCACUUGUAUCAUCUGAAAUAUAACCAUAAAUAAGCUGACUGGGACCGUAAUAAAUUUUUGACGUCAUUUCCAGGUUGUCAAAACAUCACAAGUUUUCCAAAAUACAUCUGCUACGAAUGUGAGUAUUCUCUAUAACUGAUACACUUAAAUUCUUGUCAAAAUUGUUUUCAAAUAUGCCAAUGCCGCCAUUUUGAAUCCUGCUCGAAUCUGGGCGCUCCACUUAUUAUGUCAUAAGUAAUUACUAGGAAGUCUAACUCUGCUUUUCCCCAUCUUUUGCUCUCCUUCUGAUGAACGAUUUGGGGCCACACAAAAAGACUUUCUUUACUCAAAUAAUAACUUUGUUGUGAUCUCCAGUGCAGCGGUCGAUGGGAAUUGAGGAUUGUGGUUUUGGUACGCGAACUGGUUACCAAGUUAUCCUUUCAAAAUGGCGGCUCUCAGUGCCUCACUUUGACACAUUUCAAGAUAUCUUUGUUACUUAAUGAAAAGUAGUAAACAUUUCCUGUAAUUUCAAGUGGCAGUUGUUAAUUAAGCAAUGCCUCCAAUACCAAUGGUCUACAUUUUCUUUAUCCUAUCCGCCCAUCAUCAUGAAACUACAAAUUUACUGAAUGGGCCGGACAUUUAGGCUUUGAUAGACCUACUCCGCAAAUGCAGGAAGAAUAAUCUUAGGGUUCAUCAUAUUAUCACUCAUCAUACCAAAAAGGUUAUUGUAAAGAUGCAGAUAGAAAAAAUAUGUACUUAUGCUAUAUUACUACUCAAGUUUUUCUUUACUACAAACCGCCUUCCACAGUUGACCCUCCAGAUGCGCCAGUGGCAGACAGGAAAGUCACUAACAUCCGUCUCGCAGAACCUAUGACACCUGCACCGGACUACAGAUUUUAUGCGAAGUUUACCUGGAAUCCGCCAGUUUACCCUUACAAGAACAUAACUGAAUACUUGUUUUUAUUGUUAAAGCAACCUGGAAAUCAGUAUAUGAACUUGGGUAAUGAGAAACUUGUAAGUUUUUUCAUUUGUUUAUUCGUUGAUAAUUUUAAAUUGAACGUCAAAAGAUAUCUAGACUGUCGUUGUUUUUUUGCUUAAAUUCACUCUCUGGUUGUUCCCGAAAACGUGCCCAUCUGUUUCAGCCUACCAGAUGCACGACUUGGUUACUCGCGUUCUCCCGCGCUUUAGGCUAUUUUUUUGUGAGUGCUCAUUUAUCCUGUUGUGAUUUGGCCUUGGUUGUUUUACAAAACUUGAUAGUGAAGAGUGCUCUACGAUGAGAUCAAUAAUAACUACAGCUAAAAACUACAACCUCAAAGGCGCAGGAAUCACAAAUAAGUAAAUUAUUUAAAAUAAGUCAAUGAAAAAAUUAAACUUCUCUUUGUUUUUUCAACUGCAGCUUUCUAAUAGCAAGACCGUAAGUGAUCUUUUGCCAGGGACGAUUUACAAAGUUCAGGUGAGUCGAAAUUCUACUUGAAAAUGUUUAUGUUACUCUGCAAGUAUAAUCAGUAGGAAAGGUUCUUAGGGGGCAAAAUCCUAGAGUUUGACUUUGGCUCAGUACUUUUCAGCCUUACCAAAAUUUUCCCUCAUAUUUCGAAUUACAUACUUCGACAAUUAGCAGUCUGAUCGAAUCAAAUAUGUUUUCCCGAACUAAUGGUUUACGCUUUUGAAGAAGGUUUCCUGAUCAGCUCUGAUUAGUGAAUAACAGUUAGUAUUUCAAGAGAAAGCUAUUUCAUUAGUUCUCGGUGCCUUUUCUCCACAGGUCUAUCCAGUGUUUCAAGAUAGAAGGCCUUCGUCAGAAUUUAGUGAUGCAACUUUUACUACUCCGGGUGAGUGAUGAAAAAAUGAAAUAACUUGAAUAGGAAGUGGGAAGGUAAAGGCACUGGGGAUUUUGAAAAGCUGCUGCCCAUAAAUAACAACAUAAAUUCAAUUGCAUUAACUUUGUAAUAGAAACAAGCAAAAAAGUAAAGGGUAAACUUAAUGAGCACCUGGCAUAACAAGAAAAAUUAACUCUUGAGCAUAAGUAUACGGCUUUAGCCUAUAUAAUUUCCCCUCUAAUUUUUGGAAUCGCUUGAAAUCGAUAAAAAACACCUUAUUUUCACGAGAGGUUUAGUUUUCCUUUUUUCAUGAAAAUUGUUCAGACACCGGGCAUAUCGCCAUAGGGUAGUUUUAUGUGCAAAUCAAUUCCUGUUUGGUUUUUUUCCUAUUUUUUAUUUCACUUUUUUUUGCUAUGACAACAAUAUUGCAGUUUGGUGUAGUUCAACUUAUUUGUUGUAUUCUUUUUUUUAACGCUUUCAUAUAUGAUAAAUAGAGAGCAGCUAUUCAGAGAUUGCACCGAAACAUCUGCGAAUUGUAUUUCUUUACAUCAUGUUCAUUUAACAAAUCGACAAUUUUGACCACUGUUUUGACGAAUAUCGUUGUCCAGACCAUACCAAACCAUUGGUAUUUUUUACGACAAUACCGACGUCAAAUAAAACGAUUCUUUCAGUGCGUGACCAUUGUGUUGACGCUAGCAGCGUUGUCCGUACUUUGUCUGUAAGGCAAAUUGGCCAAUCAGAUUGCGACAAUACUGCUCUGCAUCUCAGGGCCCCCGUCCCCCAUUACCGCGUAAAAUGAAAAAUUGAGGGAAGUUUUAUGUUACGUAUCGCCGAUUUUGGCGUUUUGUACGAAAACACUUUUUACCAUUCAAGAUGAUUAAAUAUUUUUUACUUGACACUGAUUUUGUGGUUUCUCUUUAAAGAGCAGAAUUUUGAUUUUUUACUAUCUUGCAAGUCACACAGACCGAAGCUAUCCGAUCAUUCAUAGAUAGACAUUUUGCACGAGUCCGAGAGCAAAGCAUAACAAUUUACUUUUGUUUGGCAAGCGAAGCUUUUCAUUUGGCCUGAGGAGGAAUAAUUUUAUCCGCGUUUUAUUCUUCAAAUUUAUCCUUAUACAGGAAGCUAUUUUUGAUGCAAAAUACGCUCAACUUAUAAAACGAAAAGUAUUCAGGUUACCGGUAGUGCAUGAUUAUUUUUUAUCUUGCAGCCUGCUACUGCCCGGGAAUAAGUUGCGGAGAGAAAGAGAUCGUAACUUCUCCAGAACAGUCGACCAAUGAAUAAAGCAUAUUAACUAUGCUUAAUAUUGGUAUUAUAUAGUGUGGUCGCUUGAUUAAACAGAUUGAAAUCUUGUUAAACUGAUUAAAAGAAUUAUAUCAAAUAAAGCAAAUUAUGAAAUCAGUAAGCGAUCGCAUCUUUGAUAAAAACCACCUUAAAAUCUAAAUACCUAAAACGAUCUUGGUUUUUUCUAAAAUAAGAAAACAACCGAUAAGUUAUAAGUUUUGGAGGGGAAUAAUUAUGUUUCAUAUCAUGCGCCACUUCAAAAUCACAAAUUUCGGUUUUUUGAGUGUUUUUUUUUUAAUUUUUGCUGACGCUUAACGGAAAUUCUCGGAGGUAAAACAAUUUUGUUUUUGCCUCUGUGUUGUCCCAGUCUCAGUCUUGUUAUUUCUCCUGUUCAGUACAACAUAAUUAUUAAAGACAGUUUGGUUCGACCCAAUUGAUUUGAUGUGACGUGAAUUUUGUAACAUCUUGUGAAGACUUGAGCGAACGACACAUUCAUCACGUUUAGUUUUUUGAGUAUCGUUGAAAAUCACAAGGCAAGGAUGUUUUAAAGAGGAGUCAGAAAGGAACUUAACCCUUCAAUCUCAUAAGCGUGCAACCCUAAGUUAAGGCCACUCCCUUUUCGAGCGAUUUUGGGAGCGCAUGUACUUAAAGGGUAUACCGCAUUUCUAGUGACGGACAGGUGUCGAUCAAAUUUAGAAUCAGCUGACUUCUUCCUCUAAAUCAAUUCAAUGUUUGACCUUUGCAACUAUUGGAUUUCCGUAAAAUUGAAUAACCGACUUACUUAUUAAAUUUGAAAGUGAUAGUAAAAACAUUAUAAAAAAUUUCCAAUGAAAGUAUUUUCAUGGAUUCAAUAACUUGUAUUGGACUUGAUGCGAAUGACGUCCUUAGAGUCGAUCCAUAUGUCAUUCUGGCGUUUCAAAUUGAAAUUUUCAUCGUGAUGGACCAACCAACUUUAAUUAGAAUUUCGUUGUGUUUGCUGAAGUUUAAAUGUAGUGAUCUUGGAUCUUGUUUUCAAUAUUACUAUGAAGAAGAGGAUUCCUCGUUGAAAAAAUUGCCAACACUGUGAAAUGUCUUUGACAAUGUCAAUCUUUAUUUAAAAUGAAUUAUAAUCUCGAAACAUUGCCCGUUGAAAAAAACUAAAUGGUUCCAUAUUCCGUAGAGUGGUAUACCUUUAAAUGGUAAAAAAAAUGCAAGAGUUAGAUGUUUGUUUCUCAUUAGUUUCUUGUCGACAAAGCAUGGCUCGACCUAACAUCGUGAAACAACUGACAAUAACAAUAUCUUUCUCCUUGCUGUUAUACCAGGUGUUGAUCCAAACGAAGUGAAGGUAACCCAUUUGACCGCUGGCCAAUUCACCAAGUCUUCAGACGGUGGCAGUUUCAGUGUUCCUAUAUCAUGGGAAAAGCCAAUUUUUAACUACAGCACGCUUGUCUCUUACACAUUUCGGUACAAGAUCGGAAGCAAGAAUAGCACAGAGGAACUGAUGGUAAGAAACUGUGUAUUGAAAACUUUAAGACUAAAUAAAUAUUUGCUUAAAUUGGCACCAUUAUAUCGACUGUUAGCAUGAAAAACCAAUGCUAUAAAGAGGCGAAAGAAGGCAUCAUAUACACGAAAGAUCACUUAACACCAUCAAAAGAUUGACCCAGACAGAUUGGUGUUGAAGCCAUUACAAAUUAUUAAUGGGGCCUAUCACUUUUCCCGAAAAAUUUUUACGCAAAUAAAUACGAGACCCCUUCAUCUAUGAUUUCAAAUCGUCGACCAAAGAAUUCUUUUAGCCCUAAAUAAGGUUUUUUUAUUACUUUAAUUUUAUUGAUGGAUACAGCAACAGGAGUAUUCUCCAAUUAAUCGAGGAUUUUUCAGUUUCCGGAACGAAACUUUCCGACAUCGACUCUUUGACAGAUUUCUAAACCACCUUGUUAUGAAUAGUCAACAGAAAUUGUUUUUUCUUUGCCUGGCAAAGGACUAAUCAUAGCAUUUUUCUCUCUCGUUUUUAAUUUGGAUGUUUUAAAUGAUAUAUUUUGGUUGCUAUGGAUACUAGUGCUUUCUCUGAAGUACCUAAUUGUAAUAUAAUGGUUCUGACUCCGAACUCUGGAAAUGUUUGCCAGAUAGCAUCUGUUUAUGUGACAUUUUAGACACUAUUAAUAUAAGCUUAUGACCUAUCGUUUUGAAAAAUAUCUUUUUAAUGGCAAUUUUAAUCUUGUUUUCGUAACAUUGAUUUAGUUUCCAUUCAUUGCUCAUUUUUGUAAAGCGACAGGAGCUUGUUCAUCCAUUUACCUUUAUUCUAAUAUUUAUACUAUGUUUAUUUAUCAGCCUAACGAGACAUAUUUCAACAUUUCUGGAAUACUGCAUGGUAAACUGAUCAGAUAUUGGGUAAGCUUAUGUCCACGGAUUUGUCCAUUCGUACGGGGUGAAACUAGGAAUUUCUGAUGGCAGAAGGGUUAAAGAUUUUUACCUGCCUCUCAACGACAAUUCCAACCUUAGUUGAAGUUCAAGUCUUCCAUAUCCUGGUUGUAAGCCCUGCCAAUCUAGUGGCGAAGAACUCGUUGGCGUGUAAAUCAAUACACUCAGUAAACAUUUCUGGUAUUAUUACUUCAACAAUUUAAACGAGCCAUAGAGUAGUUAUUUCAUCUGCGAUUCUUUUCAGGUAACGCCGCAUUACCAACACAACUGGAUCAAAGGAGCACAAGUGUAUGGAAACAUUACAGCGCCUGGUGAGAAUAAGAAAAAUACAUGAAAUAAAUGGAUGGGUCACAGAUGUUAGGCUAUUCCUUAAAAUGGAUAUCAAACUUUUUUCAGGAGCGUGGUAUUAGAGUAAAGAAUGAUCGAGCAAGGAAAAGAAUAUCAGUCUGACGUCCCCUUUUGUUUUUAGUAAUUAACCUUCCAGGCGAAUCUGUUUUUCUAACUAACUUUGAUUGAUUGAUUAAGCUCUUGGCUCCCUGUGGAGUAUAAUUUCCUUCCUUAAUGUGCUUCUUUCAGAGGCUGCCACUACCAGCUGGUGCCAUGUGUAGUUCCAUGUUUUCACGUCUGACUUUAUUUAUCUUCUCCACGUAUUCUUGUAUUGAUACUCCGUAGUAGCUUACAAGUUGAUGAUGAUUUUGUAUAAUGUCGAAGAUAGCCCAUAUCAUUUCCAGUUAGGUCCUUUUUAAGCCACAAUCUUUGUAUGAAAACAAAAUACUUGAAGGUGUUUUUGAAUGUUUGCAGUUCCGAGUAAUGACGACACCGAAAUCAAAAGCCUAAGGUUCGGAGAGUUCGUGCGUGAGCUCGGAACCAGCAGAUACUCCAUAAAUGUCACGUGGACAGGACCAGCGUUUAAUUUCACCUUCAUCUACUACAAUAUCGAGUACGAAUUGACGGGAUACCAGUCAAACAGACCUGCAGUACAGAUAAAUGUGGUAUGGUGACUUCCACUUGUCUCGAUAGGGUUUAUUGUACUCAUAUUCUUGCUAAUUGCCCGUGUUACGGGGUUUUUUUUAAACUAUAUGCGAGAUUUCGAGGCUGUUAAAUGCGUUGUACGCUUUCGUUGAACGUGCGCUCUGUUUCAGAAACUACAAAGGUCAAAAUUUCAUGAUUUUAAGGCAAAUUUAGUUUAUUUCAUUUAUCGUCUUUAUUUUCAACGAAAGAAAGGAAAUACUUAGUGUUCGUAUAAUUGAACCUUUACGAGAGUCUUUGAUAAUAAUGCGUCGCUUGUCAGUGUGACAAAUCGUGGAAAGGGGUGAGUCACCUUGGGGUGAAAAUUGAUAAUUCUACCAUUAAUUUUGAGCCGGUGAUUAAAAUGACUUUCUAGAGUUGUUGGCGGCUAAAAUACUCGUGGGAUGCAUCUGAACAGCUUUGGUGUUGGUUUCAAUUCAUUUCUUUUAUGAAAAAUGAUCCUUUUCUGAUGCACCAUUUGUACUUAUUUGCAUGUAGGAGAAACCGAAGAUACUUUUGUCGGGAAUAAGACCUCAAGAAUUUAUAAGGAUUAAGGUAAGCUAGAUUUGAAGAAUUAUGUGUCAUUUUUGUAUAAAACCCCAAAUUUUCUUGGUUUCUGGCUGUCAUAUUCUGGUUCCAUCUUCAGUAUAAAUAUAAAAAUGCUUAAGCGAAUAAAGUAGGUAACAAGGAAAAUGUUUAUAAAGUAAAUUGUUCAAAUGGCGGUGUCAUUAAUCCAAUAUUUCAAGUUGACAUUGGGUUUAAUUUCAACUUUAACAAGUGCUUUUGGGCUUAAGUCUUGAGUGUUCUUAUCCGUUGAAAGUUAUUGGCAAACUUCCUCGUUUCUCGGGAUUUCUGGGGGACGUGUUAUGGCACAUAUUUUGGCACUGUCAUAGAAAUUCAUCAUAUUUCACAUGCUGGUUCUUUGUUUUUUAUUUUGAAGGUUAAAGCAGUGUUUUCCAAUCCCAACGUCAAAGGGAAAGAAGCAACACUCUCGAAAACUGCCCCAGGUAAGUAUAAGCAACAGGUUUAAUUAAAGUAUUUUUGUUGAUUUGCUUGCCAGUUCGGAUCAUUUUUAGUAAUUCUAAGAUGUCAUCAGCUUUUUUUCGGCUGUUUUGGUGAUAUGGACACAAAGAUCAAACGUAAUUGACUCAGGAAAUGUAGACAAGAUUGAAACCUUACGCAAAAUACUGACUGAACGUCCAGAAAAGGCUACUUAUGGAAAAAUGCUGGACAAAUUCCUAUCUUACCCUUGUUGAUGAAUGUCACAAAUCAAUGAUGGCGUUCGGCUUACAAUCGAAUCUUACAAAAUGUUUCUGUUUCAUUUUAGCGCCCGAUCCAAGCUCACUAAAAGUUCGAAACUUUACCUACAACUCUCUCAACUUAAGUACUGUAAGGAUUGAGUGGGAAAAACCGAUUUUCAGUGAAAGUAACGUCACAACAUAUGACUUGAAAUACAAACGAAGAGGGAAUCCAGACAGAGAAAAGGAGUUCCACUUCGAGAUUAAGGAGGUAAGACCAGAAAAGGUACUGCAUAUUUGAACCGACAAGUCUGGAAAAUUGCCUUCAAUGCUAAGUAGCCAGUAUUUCGGCAGAAACUUUGGCAAAGGGUAAGGAAACAAACAGAUAGGGCCAUAAAUGACCAGCGUCAUGGAUCACUUACGUACAUCAGUGAGUCAGAUAGAUUCCAAACAUUCGUACUGAUGCGAAAUUUGAUUUUCAAAAAUAAUUUGCCAUUUUACUAGGGGAGGACGUAUUUUGCCAUUCAUGACUUAAUCCCUGGCGACAGUCUAGUGGUAAAGGUAAGGAACCGAUGUUCUGUACUUUGAGUCGUUGUUUUCGUUUAUGUUUUCCGGGUCUUAAAUGUGCCCUUGGAAUUGUGUUGGGGUCGAUUCAUAUCUUUCUUCGUCUUUCAUGAAUCCGUUCCUUUAAAAAGGAAAUAGUCUUUGUUAAGUAGAUUCUAUGAGACCAAAACUGUUUGCAAAAGCUUCUCCUGCCCAAGUAGAGCAUUAUCCAGAAUAUUUGUCAAAACGAUUAGUAGAGUAUAACUUUUUUCAAUUUUUAAUGUCUUCGAAGGUGACGCCGAUGUUUGAUGCUACUGCUAUCGCAGGAAUCACUUUAGAAACCACUAUAGAGCCUCAAAGUAAGAAACGAACAAAUCAAAUUAGGGCUUUUUUUACCUCCUUGUUUCAUUUCACAGAAGUCGGUUUGAAGAUAUGUUUAGCCAGUAGUGAAGUUGUUGUAUAGCUUGUUGACUCAACAAUAAAAACUAUUUGCUGAGCCAAAAGGAUCAAUAUAAAAAGGACGAUAGCGUGGAAACAUAAUCCUGCUCGAGCAAGAAUCAAGAGAAAUUCAGUUCAAAUACAAUUAACGAGAAAAAAGCUAAGGGUUCCCUUGUUUGUUCCAAAAUCCCGAGUUAAAAGGUUCAAACCCCUUUCAAAAUCUAACCGAGUACUUCCCAAAAAAUAUCGACAAAAAAAAUAAGAAACCAAGAUGUCAUGCUUGAGGAGACUAAGGGUAUGCGCAGUAAUAAGUGCAUUAAAAUUUUGUAUUGAGAGACAAUUGACUGCACUCUCUACUUAAACGAUAAUUUUUCAGAAUUUUAUACAACACUUGACAUUUGAGUAUUCGUGCGUACUUGACGACAACAUUUCUUCUAUUUUUAUGCUUUUUUUUCUUUUCAAAGAGCCUGACAACCAGGAAAUACAAGUGCAAAACCUACGUGUAGGUUCGUUUCUCGAAGACGAAGAAAGCAACACUUUCAGCGUCAAUUUCACCUGGGAACCUCCGCCAUUCAAGUAUAGCACUGUGCGCUCUUACACAGUAUCUUAUGAAUUAUACGGAGGUUAUUCAAGGGAAAAGCUUUCUUGUCCACCGUUACAGAUGGACAGUCGCCGAUUAGGAUGUUCCAGAAGUGGAGAUGUAAGUUUGGAUAAGAUGGGCGUGUGUAAAGCAAUCUGUUCGUCCUUUGUAAGAGACAACUAAGGAUUUCAGUGAAUGAAUUUUCAUUAACCCCACCGAAAUAGCAGAAAGUUAGACAGUAGUUAGUUAUACAUAUUUUCCAUUUACAAUAAUAUUGAAUAUAAGAGCGAAAGUAACGACGAGAACAAGAACGAAAAUUUUAGCGAUAGCCGUUUUCAUAGCGAGGGCAACGCCAUGUUAUUUGUAUUUGCAUUUGCGUUCAUUCAAUAAUCCUUUCAUUGGUCUCCUUUUGUAGAGCUUGACAUUUGCGCAGAUAUCUGGAAUGUAUCCACGCGAAAGCGUCACUGUGAAGGUAUAUUGCAUUGGUUAAAGUUCGAAGCCCUUUUUUGCCAACAGCGCAAAACAGCAUUGACGUUUGACGAAAACUAAAAUUCAUCAAGAAGUAUUUUAUCUUCAACUUCAAAAACUUGUGCAGCGUGGGACUCUUCUUUGGAGGCAAAAUUUUUUAAUACAACCAAUAAAUCUCUUGCAUUAGAGAGACACCUCUUUGUCUUGACCACCUUCCCAGGGUUCCAGGGUGCCUCUCGAAGGCAUUGCAUGAAUUGAGUAAAACCUAAUCGUUAAAUGUGUGAUUUAAAAUUUUUAGGUUACGCCCACUUACAACAACUCAUACAUCACUGGGGAAAUGGCAGAAGAAAUAGGAACUGCACCUCGUAAGUAAACUUUCUUUUGCAUUUCACCAGUCAGUUAUUCGUUCAACAUUUUAUUUCAGCUAAUUCCUCUAAAGACUCUAUUUAAGGAUUACCAUAAUUAGCAAUGUGAUGAAAGUACCGAUCGACGACUCUGUGUAAAACGAAACUUCUAUCCCAUAGUUUUAACUGAUGCAAAUGGCUACUGAUCUUAACUUUGGCGAUUUAUAUCCUGCCUGAAACAGAACCGAGAGAGGAGCUUGUUCAGGUUAAUGGUUUGAAGUAUGAUGAGAUUUUCCCGACUGCCAACAACACUUUCCGCACGACAGUAAGCUGGGAGAAGCCACUUUUCACCCACAGCGAUGUACGCCACUACAGUUAUAAAGUGGUGACCAUAAAUUCUCCGUCACGGAAAAGGAGGGAAAUGCUUUCAAACACCAUGAUAACAACGGUAAGAGGAAUGAUUUUUAUCAGAUAAGAGAAAACGCCAAAAUAGUACUUGCAAUUACUCACAAGAUGUGCCGUGAGGUCCAUGCACUGUUCAAGGUAACUGAACAAAAAAGAUCUCAGACUUGCUGUUUCUUAAUUUCUACCUCAAAUUUUCUGCACAACUCAAAAGGACAUCAGGGAGAAGCGGUGGCUUUAGGGCUAGUGCAUUGAACUCCAUGUCCUGAGACCAUAGUACUUCAUUCUCACAGUGCUUUUCUCCAUUCAAGAGCAUGGAUGAAUAUAACCUAAAUGUGUGAAAAGCCUGGAAAAAUGCUAGGGGCAACCUUGUGAUAGCUUAGUAUCCUAUUCCCGGGGGGAGUAGAAAUACUCCUCGUUGCUUCAUGCGACAGAAACUGGGAUGAGCACUAGAUGGAAAGGCCACUUCGCUUGAGUCAAGAAGUUUCAAGACAUUUAACUCAACCAAGAUGCUAAUGAAAAUAGAGGCGAUUUGAACCUUUUAUCCUGGCUAAUUUGAUCACCAGGAAAUUCUGGACGAAUUUCAGAAUAGAUUGAAGCAGGCGCACUUGGCGAUAUUGCAUGCCCAUCGAGGCAAAUUUGUCCCUUGAACUUGGUCCUUGGCUCUGUUCGAAACAAAUUUUAUUAACUCGAAUUUUGGUGGCAGGUUAAGCUGCCAAAAUGUGAUUGUGCAUACGCAUAAAUAUGAUUACGCAUACUCAUUUUCAAAAAAUCCACUAUUGAUGACUCGCCGUCUAUGCGGUUUCUCUUCCGUAGACUGGUACCAAUGUUACGAUCAGUGGGAUCAGUCGAAUCGAUGGAGUCGAAUUCCAGGUAAUUUAGCAUAAUUCCUUCGCGUGAGCGAAGCUCAAGCUGUCUCUCCGCGCACAAAGGUUAACUGGUGUAAGAAAGUUAGUUAUACGUGUAACCGAGAUAUUUAAUAAUAACUAGCAUUGGAUGAACAUAGAAAUUUCAAAAAAUAAAGAUCAACGAUGUGAGUUUCAUAUGUAAGAGGAACAUUGAGAUAUGGCUCUCCAUUAGAAGGAUAGUGGAAGUCUACUCGCAAAACUGCUAGGGGCUCUCUGUGGUAGCGGAGCUCUUGCUCGCAAGAGCUAUAAUUGGCGACAAAAUUGUAGACAAAUUGACCUUUUUAACCUCCUAUUAAUUUAGUUUUAUCUCAUUUGCCCUUGUUAAGUUAACCCAUCGUCCCCUUCCCACCCAAAUAUGUGGAAUCGUGAUUCCAUGAACUUUUAGCUAGAUACAGGCACAUUGAAUAGGGGAGGGAAGUUCUUGUCAAUGAUUAAGAGUGUAGUAGAAACAGGAGUGUUAUUCUACACAUAAAUAGGACUCUUCAUCAUGAUGUGUCAAAUCAUUUUGACACUGAUUGUAGCUUAUUAUGGAGUUUACUCACUUAUUUGUGUCUUUUCAGGUUACUCCAGUAUUCGUUGUGUCUGAGGUUACAGGUGCAGAUGCCAAGAUCUCGCUUGCCUGGAAAUCCCAAACUGGUAACUGUUAUAUUUUUAUUUUUGAAACGAGAGUAGCCGGGAAUUUGGCGUCAUCCUCUCAACUAAUCAGACUCAAAACUAAAAGCAAUCGCCAUUUGGUUACUCGUGUAUAAUCUCGGUUAAAGUUUGCCUGUUUUCACCUUGACUUCUUGUUGACUCUUCGUGAUUUAACUUAUGAUAAACUUGGUUUUGGUUUUGCGACACUCAGUCGAGAAGCAUUCAAAGAAAAUUCUAUACAGCUUCAUAGAGGAAGAAUUGCUAAAUUCAUGUUGUUCUCUUGUCGCAUUUUACGAAAUCUUUCGAGCUCUUUCUUGCGUUACUGAAAUAUCUCCUUACAUAUAUAUUUUGCUCUUAUGAAGUUAAUAAAAGGUUCGACUUUGGCGACGAUUACAGUGAUUAUGACGAUGAUGCUGCUGCUGAUGACAAGGAUGAUGAUGAUGAUCAUUAUUUUCAGAUAAAAAUCCUCUGUCUGAUCCAAUGACCGCAACUGAACUGGCUGGGCUUGUCAUAGGAGUGAUACUAGCUGUAUUAAUAGCAAUAGCGUUACUCUUUUGGUGUUACCGCGAAAGACAAAGACAGCUUGGAGCUAAAGGACGUGUCUCUGGGUAUGUUGAUUUAUCGUCUGAUAAGUUUCAUUUACUUUCCAUUCAUCUUUUAUUCAUUUAUUUCUCGCCUUCGCAGCAAGAAUGCUCUAAUGAUUGAUCAUUGGGAGGUAGAUGGAGACUCAGUGACCCUGGAGGAGGAGCUUGGAGAGGGGGCCUUUGGAAAGGUGUACAAAGGGGUCCUCAAGGAAUCUACAUCACCAUCACGGAGACUCUCCAUCAUGCGUCCCAAAAGCCCCAUGCGUAGAAACACGCUCAAGGAAACGGAAGGACUUAUUGUAGCGGUUAAAAUGCUACAUGGUGAGUUGAAUUUAUGUAAUGUUCUCAUACGUAAACGCCUUACACAAAUGAAGAAUAUCACACCCCGCUGGAGGUGGUCAAAAGUCAAAUACAAUUAUCAUAUUUCAUUACAGGAAUGGCAGAUAACGAUCAACGCAGAGAAUUUCUCGAGGAGAUACAGCUAAUGAAAGCCGUAGGAACGCACAAAAAUAUUGUUAAUAUGCUGGGUUGUUGCACUGUGGAGGAACCAAUGUUUUUGCUUGUUGAAUAUAUUCCUUUUGGAGACCUUUUGCAUUACUUGCGAAAACGUCGAGGAAAGGUAUUCACCUUACGCAAUGUAGCAUCAGGGUAGAAAAAUAGCUCACUUUCACAAUCGUUUUUUAAAUGAAAAUCCCCAUUUGAUGUGGGGAAACCGUAAACGAAUCCUGCGUCGAGGAGUCUGAGUCAUGUGGAUACCCUUUCGGUGUCAUUCCUUCACUGAAAGACAUGAGAUCAGAUAUCUCGAGUAAUAACUUGAGGCGAACCUCCUUAAGAAUAAUGGAUAAUUUGCGGAGGUGGGACUUUAUCAAGUUGAUCUUGAUGUAAGUAAUCCAUUGCAAGAUUUUGUCUGUCUCAUUUAAAAAGUGGCGAAUUUCGAAAUAAUUAUGAAUCUCAAGGCAAAAUUCUUAGCUCCUUAAAUAUGUCUACGAGAUGCAUGAAUUAUGCAGGAUUACAGAUGAUGGGUCGCUUAAAUGUAUGGUUGGUUUAGCAAAGCAAUAGCUUGCAGAGUCUCACCGAAUUAGGAUACUUUUCUGCUUAGGUUAAGAGUUAAUGACUGCUUAAUGUGAUUCUCAAAUUUAUUUUGCUUAGAUUAUUAAUGAAUGUUUAAUCUAAGUAUUAAAUAUAUUUAGUUUAUGAAAACUCGUAAUCAAUUUUAAGGAUUGAUGUGCUUCCGCGCGUUAAAAAGAUCUUCUUUUGUCUUAUUACAUAGGUAAAAGAAUAUCUUGGUGACGAAUCACGUGGUCCCUAUCGUUCCACAUACUGCGAAACAUACGUUAUGGACAAGCAGUUUGGAGAAAGAACAACAGUGGUAAGAUAAAAUAAAACCCCUCCUAUCUUUCUGUGGACAAUUUGUUCUGAUAAUUGUGUAUUCAUGUUUUAUGUGUGGUAAUGGAGAAUUAGCCUUAAAAAAAUUGAUGAAAAACUAAAAUUUUGAGCCCUAGAAAGUCAGCAGGAAAACAACUGCGUAAAGGGUAACAGUAACAUCAAAGUUUUAACUGGAAAAGAGAGCAAAUACGGCAAAGCCAAAAGAAAUGAAAAGAGUUAGAGAUCUUAGUAUCAUUAGUCAAAAUCAAUUUUUUUGCCAGCGCGUGUUUUUUAAAUUUUCAAAUAAUGUUCAAGCACCAAACUGAACAGGUAAGAAGUAUGGACGGAAAUACGUGCUCUUUAAUAGCUCAACCGUGAUAUCUUUGUGACCAAUUAAGGAUAGCAAUCAACUUCAUACUCCUCCUUUUUUUUUUAUUUUUAUACCUCUUCCGUUACGUCCAUGCCAUUUCCUUUCAGGCCACAAGGAGUGACCGCAUUUAUGUAAACAGCCCUGAUGCACCAAAAGGUGACGAUGGAAAUAUUCAAAUUCUAUCAUUUACACAAUCUGCCAAAACAGAAGAGAGAGGGAGAGAAAAUGUAGGAAUGAACCAAGAUGAAGUUCAUGAAGACGCGGAAGACGACGAGGAGACUCUCACCCCAGGAGACCUUUUAGCAUUUGCCUGGCAAAUCAGCGAAGGAAUGGUGAGACACUGAUUCGUUUGAGUCAACUCAUCAACAAUUUGAUUGUUACCUUGCGCGAGGCAUUAACAAUUUGCUAAAUUGUUCGGAAGGUCACAAGAAUGAACAUCGGACUAUUCUCUAAAGAAUAUCACACUAGCCUUGAGUUAGCGAAGGAUUAAGUGAUUAUUUUGAAGACGGUCACUAAUAUGCACAACAGAGUUUUCUAUCUUUAUUGCUUGACCCUUUAGUUGAGUUGUUCUACGCAAAAAUGGACUAGCGUUUACGUGCUCGAGCGUGAGUUAUUCUAGAGAUUUCCUGGGUUUUCAACUGUCAUCGAAUGUUGGGACGGGUACGAAUCCACCAGCAGGUCGGGUACGAACCAAUACCAACCGGUUAAAAUAUUCAGAAUUUGGGCACGAAUCGACUGAGUGCAAACCAUCCGAGGGUACGAAACGACUUGAUAUCAACUUGGGAUGCGACUCCUUUAGCCUGCAACCAUCAGAGAGAUUGGUCUAGCUGUCCUAUCAUUAGAAGAACUUCACUAGAAACGCAUGAAUCAAAUACUAUUCCCAAUAACAGAUCUAAACAUAGAAGAGGAUAUUUGGAAUAAGCUCUUAAGGUCAUCUGUAAUAAAAUUUUUGUAUCACAGCAGUAGUUUUUCUUGCUUCAGUUGUUAUCACUUGCCAAAAAAUAUGGAGCUGGGUCAGGUUUAGUCUUUUUGAGUGAAUGCAUUAUUUCUACUGAUAAAGAAUUCUUGUGAUGUCAGGUUGUUUCUGUCAUGGAUGAAGUCUCCUAAAUUCUUAUUUUUGCUUUUAAUCUUGCAGGAGUAUCUGGCAAGGAAAGGAUUCGUGCAUCGCGAUUUAGCGGCCCGCAACGUUCUUGUUGGUGAUAAUAAGAUAGCAAAGGUAGCAGAUUUUGGUCUGACUCGGCACGUUUAUGAAGAGAAGGUUUAUCAUGCAAAAAGGAACCGGAAACUUCCCUUGAAGUGGAUGUCAGUUGAGGCCAUCUUUGAUCAAACCUUCACAACUCAGAGUGAUGUGUAAGUUAGAGUUUUUUUCUAAAAUGACUUUGAUUUGUAUAGGCUGUUCGUAAAAAUUGAGUGACAAUUGUUCAUCUUAUUUCAAUAACUAGGUGGGCUUUCGGCGUGCUCCUGUGGGAGCUGGUGACAUUAGGUAAGAAAAAAGUUCCCUGAAAUUCUUUUCGUAUAUUGAUUAAUACGUUAGUCCACAAAAGCUAGUUGUGCGUAGUUUUUAAGCCAGUCCAAUCCAACGUAAAUAUGAAAGAAAGCCAAUAAGACCUCACAGUAAAUAGGUAUUCAGGACAUUACUGAAAUAAUCCCUUUGGCAUAGAUUGGCAAUUGGUUGUUUCUCAGCAAUUGGCUGAACAAGUUUUGUUCCUGAGUUUCUGAGGCCAUGGAGCACUGAAGCAAAACCAAAGCAAUAUCGUGUGUGGGCCGGACAUGUAAAGCGGCAAAAAGCAUUUAAGUAACACAAAAACAGCCUCUAAUACACAAAACGUUUAUUAAGAACGGAGAACUUCAUUAUUCAUUGGCACAACAAACGAUGCAGACAUUCAUCUUGAAUUACAACCUUGUAGCAAGUCCUGCGAAACCUGCGAAACAUAACAAACAUUACCUAGCGAAGCAAAAUUCUAAACAGAAACUAUCUAACAACUUACCAUGAUGAUGAAGGGACGGCAUAACCGGGAGAAAUCACAAUUUUAGCAUAUCAUAAACGAGGGUUUUAUUACGUGCGAUUUAAAAGUGAACAAGCUUCUGAAGCAUUUUGGUCUUACGCAUAGAACAGUGGACUGGACUUAACAUUAACGACUUGUUGAGGAAGAGCCGCAACAGCGUUGUACUUGUUUUUGCAUUUUUACGUUAAUGACUUUACCAACUCAUUUUAUACUGAAAUUUCUGAGGCGACCUCUUGCAGGUGGAACACCAUACCCCACAGUAAACAACAGAGAGUUGCUUCGUCUUCUCAAAAAUGGAUAUCGGAUGGAAAAGCCAGACAUCUGUAACGAUGAAAUGUAAGUAGCCAUGCAGGUUAUUUUUGUUCGACGUUAAAGCAUUGAUAUCGCACAUAAAUCGAAAUUCCAGUAUUGCAAGGAUCGAAAGGGUCUCAGUUUACAAGAAGAGAGCAUGAUCUGUCUUUCACCUGGUUUAAUACCAGUUGAAAAAGACUGAAACGAAAAACAGUUUCUUCUUUAGCUGAGUUAAGCUAGGCGAUGAAAUCAUUUCAAUGGCUCAAUUUUCGAUUUUACUUUGCUCUUACUGUAAUAUGAUUUUAAAUUACAACAAUUAUCAUUUAAUCAAAUUCAUAAAAUGCAAUGGACGAGGAAUUAUCAGCAUCUGAAGAAAUUCUCAAGCGACUAACACCCCUAAAUUGAACCACUACAGGUACAACCUGAUGAGGGAAUGUUGGUUGGAAAAUCCCUUCGACCGACCAACUUUUACUCUAAUCCGAGAGAGACUGGAGGAGAUGAUGCAGAAAGACAACCCAUAUUUGGACUUCAGCGUCCUCGAUGAAUCUCGGGAUUAUUACAAUGUGCCGUCUUUUAACAGUUUAAUAGAUGAAUCUGAAGAUGAUGUGUUUGAAAAAGAAGAAGGCUAUAAGUUACUUGAAGAGGACCAUAAAGAGAUAAUUAUUGAAAAAGAUCAGCCUAUCAAGGACUCGAAUAAAAACGAAAUUGCUCCCUCGCCAAAAUCUUCAAAGUUUCCAGGAGAGGAAGAAAAUAACGAGCCAGUUGAUGUAGACAAGAUUGAAUUUAACAACAUUGCUUUUCAGAGUAAAGACUUCAAUGAUCUCAAAGAGGAAAAGGUAGAUUUUGACGCUCUUGAAAUGGCUCUGUAUCGCCAUGGCGGCAGGCAUAGGAGCAUUGCCCUUUAAGCAGAAAUGAUGAGCUAAGGGCACCCCGAGAACAAAACUCAAGCUGAUCAAAAGUAAGAAAGAAUCCAACAAGAAAUUUGAUAUCUAUCUUUACAAUCAUAGCACUUAAAAUACUCCAUAUUUUGUUUCGUUUUCUCAUGUUAUUAUUUUUUUUUGUCUGGUUAUUUAUCAGAGAAAAAAUGUUUGCGAAAACCCUAAUUUGCAGUUUUCAUUUAGGUUUUUUCACUUAUAUUUUUAAGUGGAUUUGCAACCUACAAGUUAAACCAAUACCCUUAAGACAACAGCAAAUUUUUGCAUGAUACUUUGAGAAAACUGUAAAAAAAUACAAAAAAUCCUCUUUUAAUAAUUAAAGUUGUUUGUGUUAAACUUUAAGAGAACAUUUCUGAAAGCACGAGGAAAAAAGUUCAAAAUUUGUCUAUUAUCGUACGCAGGAUAGAUAUACUAGUCGUUCGAAGCUUAACAACUAAACAGGCUGAUCUCGUUUUUUAAUUCGGUUUUGCUUAAGCUCCUCCCUUUAUUCAGUAGCUACCAGCGAAUAGAUUGCGAGUAGCGUGGCCAAUCAGACCACAGCAUCUGCCAUAAACAAUUCGUAUUGCAUAGCAUUUAAUUUCAAUUUCUCUUUAUUUUUCGGCGCUUAAGAGGCAGAUGUUAGACAAACAGUUAUGAGUCCCAAUUUAACUGGGAGUGACUCUAUUACUAAUUUUCAUGAAUAACAUCAGUCGUUACUUCACGGGUUCAUUACGAAGCAACAAAAUGACUAGCUCCCAGUUGGCUUGUUAACUUAAUGGUAGAACACUACACCAGUAUCGUAGAGGUCAUCGGUUCAAUUCCCGCAUACAGGCUUGAAAUUGUUUUUUUUCAGGCUUUAUUUUUACUACUGCUAACGAAGUGUUCGUUACCGCGAAGAUCACUCUCAUGUUCAAAUAUUAUUAGCGUAAUCAUAAUUAUCGAUAUCACUACAAUUGCACGAGAAAAUUAUAUUACCAGAGCAAGAGAUUAUAAUCUCUUGUCCAGAGUUAUGACGACAAAUUUAGGAAAACGAAAUUAAACUUUUUAUAAAUAUUAUAGCUAAACGAACCGUAUACCAGUAACAAGAAAAUACUUUUACAGUAAAUUUAGGCCACAACUUUCCUUUUGUAGUUAUCCAACUAUGGAAAACCGAACGUAACCAGCAGGAUCUGGUUUUCUAUUAUAUUUAAUAAAUAUCGCUAUUAAGUAGUUUAUAAAAGACAUUAUGAAUAUCCUAAAAAUUGAGAAG